AUGGAAGGAGGUGAGAAUGAACCGUUGCUCGAAAUUAACCCGUCAAGCUCCAUCAUCCCUAAUCGAGACCACGAGACGACAUCUUCUGCUAUCGUUAUGGUAGGAGGUGAGAAUAUAGGUGCCCCGAGGGCUGGUAUGGAAUUCAAAGAUAUAGACAGCGUCUUUAAUUUCUACAAAAAGUAUGCUUACAGUGUCGGUUUUCCUGUGAGAAAAAGAAAUUCGGGAAAGGAUGAUGAUGGCAUUUUACGAUAUGUUACUUUCACAUGUAGUCGUGAAGGAAAAAGAAUGAGUGGCACAAGAGGCUCAUUGAGGUCGCAACCAACAACUCAGACAGACUGCAAAGCUCGAAUCUCGGCAUCUUUAGAUGAUCAUGAAAUCCAAACUGAGUUUGUGGGUAAGGAGGUCCGAGAAGAUUUAUUUUGUGGCUAUCUGCGCAAGAAGAAAUCAUUUUUUGUCUCUUUCAAUAGGGAAAAAUGUGAAGAUGUUUGUAGUUGUCAUCUGUUUGAAUUUCGGGGUAUUCUCUAUCGACAUUCAAUUGCAGUCCUUAUCUGUAAUGACGUCUCUAGACUUCCUGAUCAAUAUAUAUUACAUAGAUGGAGAAAAGAUGUCAGGAGACCAUACACGAGGAUUGCUUUGAAAUAUGACGGAUUGAGGAAUUCUCCGGGACAAUUGAGGUACGACAAUUUGUGCACAGCUUUUGCCAAGGUCGCAGACCUUGCUGCAGACGAUGAAGUUCGAGCCGGAAUGAUUAUGGAAUGGAUCCAAUUGCAAGCAUAA